AUGAAAAAAGAGGAAACAGAUGAAGUACCAGCUGAGCCAGGCUCCAUGUUUCCUGAAGACCCAGUAAUAAUUGAAGAACCUAGUGUUGGAGUAAAACAAGAUUCAGAAUUGAAACAUGAGGAUGGCUCUGAUUUUAAUAUGAAACGCAACAUGAAUUCACACUAAAGGCAGCUGUUAAAUGACCUACAAUCAAAGAAGUGUGUCUGUGUAUAAAACAGUUGUGGUGUAGAGUGAGAGGCGACAUUGUUAAAUCUUUCAAGAAGUUUGGCAUAAGUAAUGCUCUCAAUGGUGGUGAAGAAUAUCUUGGGUAUUAAGAGGACGAUCAUGAAGAACAACGGGAAGUAUGAUUAUCGGGGGUUUUAAAGGUGGCAACCUCAACAAGGUAUGCAUCAAAUAGUGAGAGGUGUGCAGCAAGCUGCCAGAUUUUCGCCCCGACUACAAAAUCACCUGCUACAUCACUGGCAGGCCAGAGAGGAGAAGAGGAAUACUCCUGCGAAGACAUUCUACAUUCCUCCAGCCAACACACAUCAGUCAUCGACUGCCAACAAGGCUCUAAGAAAUCAAAGAAAGGCAAAUUGUUUUGUCCUUCCCAGACUUAGAGAUCCUUCUCAACGGCCCACCGCAUGAUACCCUCAUACAGUUGGCCUCCCUUGGGUGGUGCACACCACCCACAAUUUUUCUCCCUUGGAAUCGGCAGGCUGACCCACGGAGAAUGCUGAUGCCUCCAGCCUCUGCACAAUGUAGCAGUGUGUCUUUGAAGGCUGGCGCUAAGCAUCCAUGGAGGUGACUACCAUUCAUUUGUCCCCUCCUCCCCAAUCCCUGUUAUGACUCUUCCCCAAUGGAACAUAGGAAGCAUUAGAUCGAAUAAUGAGGAACGCAAAGUCCACUUGUUUUCUGCUUCCAAGAAACAAAAUUGUAUCCUGGCAGCCUCCCACAUUUCCUUUCAGUCCACUUUGAUAUUCCCCAUCCCAAGGACAGCAGUCAAUCUCAUGGCGGAGACAUACUGGUCUUGCAGGAUGAUGUUUGUAACCAAAGCAUCUCAUGGAACACCUAGCUGAAAGCUGUUGCAGUCUGCAUUUUCCUUAAUCAUUUCACAUUUCUCUUUUUAAUGUCUACUGCCCUCCAUCAUUCACUGUCACCAGGGGAGACUUAAUUCAGCACAUUGGUCAGCUGCUCCCUCACCCCGUUUUGCUGCUUAGUGACUAAUGCCCACUGUCACCCUUCAGGCCGUUUGAGAACGUCUCCAAGAGGUUCCCUCUUGGCAGACCUCAGUUAAAAUGGAGCACACACAUUUCAGACUGACUGCUACAACUGAUUGUAAACACAGUUGGUAGCUUUCUAAGGAUGACUGGAGGCAUUACCGCUUUCUGGCAACCUUCGACCAACAUUUCCCCAGCUGUGAUAAGCAGAUUGAUUCAAAUUACUGGUGGGAGCUGUGGCAUUUCGUUUGAAGAAACUGUUCGCCAUGGACUGGUCAAGAAUGAGCUGGAGAGAGACAGAGAGAAGUCAACACACGAGUGUGGUACUCAUACACAAGAAUUAACCAUGGAUGAGGAUUGCUCGCUUAGCACCAGAUUUGAAUGUAGUAUGAGGGAACAGGAAUUCAAUGUAUUUAUUUGUGAUGUCUGCCUACUGUGCUUUACUUCAAAAUAUAGACUCAGAAAGCAUGUGGUCAUGCACAUUGAUGGCAUGCAACCUCCUACAUAUGUUUGUAAAUCCUGUGGUGAGGUAUUUCACAGUAAUGUUAGCUUGAAAAAACAUUUGAGAAUGGGUGAGAAUUGUCGAGUCCUAACAGCUGGCAAUCAUGAGAAAUAUGGCUGUAGUGAAGAACACGAGAACAGUAGCCUCUCAGACAGUGAGCCAGUAGGUUCUCUCACAGAACACACUGAGCAAUCUUCAGAUAAGGAAUCUUCAAAAGCUUCAAAAAAGUCCUUUAAAGACGCCCGUAAACCACGUAUGACACAGAAGCUGAGUGGUUAUGGAACUUUAUCUACAGCUGGUGCCCAUGGUGUUAGACUUACCACAAAGAGACCCCACAAAUGUAAUAUUUGUGGCAAGUUUUUUGCUGUGCGAAGUAAUCUCAAGAGACACUCAUUAAUUCACACUGGACUGAAACCUUACAAUUGUGAUAUUUGUGGCAAAUCGUUUACUGAGUUGGGUACUCUCAAGAGACAUCAAUUAAUUCACACUGGACUGAAACCUUACAAAUGUGAUAUUUGUGGCAAAUCUUUUGCUAGAUCAUGUUCUCUUAAGCAACAUUCAUUCAAACACACUGGUGAUAGACCUCACGAAUGUGACAUUUGUGGCAAAUGUUUUGCUCUGACUGGUGAUCUCAAGAGACACGCGUUCUUACACACUGGGCUAAGACCUCACGAAUGUGGUAUUUGUGGCAAAUCUUUUGCUAUGUCAUGUGACCUAAAGAAACAUGCCUUCUUACACACUGGGGAGAGACCUCAUGAAUGUGAUGUUUGUGGCAAAUCAUUUGCUAGGUCAGUUGAUCUAAAAGCACAUUCACUAUUACAUACUGGAAAGAAAUCGCACACAUGUGAUAUUUGUGGCAAAUCUUUUUCAAGGCCAGGUUAUCUCCAGAGACAUGUAUUAACUCACACUGGAAAGAAACCUCAUGGGUGAGAUAUUUGAGGCAAAUCUUUUCCUGUGUUGUGUACUCUCUGGAGUCAUGCAUAACUUCGUAUCAGAGAGAAGUCACAAAAAGUGUUGCUUCAAGCUAAUAGGUUUCUCUGGUUGGUGCCCUUAAGGCUUAUAGAAUUAAGGAUAUGACAGAGAGACAUUAAUUAUGUAAUGCCUGUGAAAUAACAAAAUGUUCUAAGACUGUGAAAAAAUAUGCAAUAAUGUGUACUAUAGAGGGGUCACAGAUAGUGACAAUACAAAAAUCCGUAACAUGAAAUGUCAUGAAACUGUAGUACUAAACUGUACACCAAAGUGAAUCAAACGUGUUUUUGUCAUUUACGCUGCUAUUUUUCUAUUCGAUAAAUCUUUAAACUAUGUCAGUAAUUGUAAGUACCUCUAAGCAGGCAAGCCCCUGACCUCCAUGUUUUGUGAUGUUUUGAGCCCCAGCAACUUUCUGCAGAUGUCCACAGUGGUAGCAUACAACCACCCAACCAGCUUCACUUUCGAGAUGCUAGUUCCCAGCUGUCAGACCAGAACAAUCUGUUCUUUCUUACAGUCACUUAUGUCGAUAAAUUUACAUGUUUGCAACUCACAUCAUUGCUAGAAUAAUUCGUUGUUGAUCUUUGUUCUGCUUAUAUACUUGUACUCACCUUACUGCAUCAUGUGCCUGCAACAUGUGGCAUUCAGUGUCCUGGUCGACAGUGUUAAUAAAUCCUUGUGCUUGUCAAUGCAUAGUCACACAAAUGAGACAGUUGGUAAAGUAUGUAGUCUACAAGUUCAUCAUGGUUGGUUGCCCAUUACACCAAUGCACAGUAGCUAUAUUUUUGUGAAAUUCCUAAGCUCUGAUCAUGAAUCAGAUAUAAGGUAGAUAAGUGUUAAUGCACCAAAGCUCUUAAUUAUUUAUUUAGCACUACAGAAAAUGUAAUAGGUAAACAUUUAAUGAUAUAGUUUGAUUGCAGGUGUUGGUAUACACAAGAACACCACUUGGGAGAGCUCAGAAUGUGAUUACUGGUUAUUGAAUUUAAUCCAGUUGAAUAAUAUUUAUUGUACUUAAUAAAUACAUCAAAUGAG